CCUCUUUGAAGUUUUCCGAAAUAUGUUAACGCCUUUGAAAAUUUCAAGCACACACCACACUCGAUUAUUCUGUCAAUUGUUCCACUCAAGUGCAAUUUCACAUAAUUGGAGAUGGUUUUCUAGUACUUCAGCAGGUGAAAGGACACUCAACAAAAGAAUUUUCAGUAAGCUGGACAAGUCAGGUUACAUAAGGUCAAUAGUCAGGUUAACUGGUAUAGCUACUGUGAGUUCAUUUGCACUUGGUUUCUAUCUAUAUAGGAAUGAGACCCACGAGAGCUAUGCAACUUGGACCGGAGGAGCUUUACGCUUUCUAAGAAGUCUGAGUGUAGGAGGUAUGAUAUUUGGAGAUUAUGUUUGGAGUAUGAAGGGAUUCCGCCUCGUUUCGGACAAUAUGGUUUCUGAUCUCCACGAUACGCAUCAGCGUUGCGCAAAACGACUCCUGGAACUUUGUAGAAAGAACGGCGGUUUAUAUAUCAAAAUUGGUCAACACAUAGCACAACUGGAUUACUUACUGCCAGAUGAAUAUUGUCAUACGUUGCUUCCUCUUGUGGAUGCAUGUCCGACUCAACCUUUAAGUGAUGUUUAUAUUACUUUUAUCGAAGAUCUUGGUUCGACCCCUGACCAGCUAUUCAGUUUCUUUGACUCGAAUCCAUUUGCAUCGGCUUCUUUAGCACAAGUUCACACGGCAGUCACCCAUUCUGGUCAAAAAGUAGCUGUAAAAUUGCAGCACAGGGGCUUGAAAGAAGCAGCAAAAGGAGAUAUUGCUACGGUUGCUUUUCUGGUGGAUAUAGCAGCCUUUCUGUUCCCUGAUUUUGAUUAUCAAUGGCUGGUAACUGAGAUUAGAGAAAACUUACCCAAGGAACUUGAUUUUAUUCAUGAAGCACGAAACGCAGAACGUUGCCGUACAAAUUUUGGAAACCGUCUUGACGUUACAACCCCUGAUAUCUUUUGGAAUCUUUCGUCUUCUCGUAUUCUUACGAUGUCUUUUGAAGAAGGAUGUCGUCUUGAUGAUGCAGAGUCGAUGAAAUCUGUUGGACUGGCACCCGCAGAUGUAUCACGUAUUGUUUCUGAAGUUUUCAAUGAGCAAAUAUUUCUUCAUGGUUUUGUUCAUUGUGAUCCUCAUAUUGGUAAUAUCUUAGUUAGGCCGAGGGCAGACAAACCAAAGAGUCCGCUUAUUGUCAUGCUUGACCAUGGACUGUAUCGAGAACUUUCUCCAGACUUGCGUCUUUCGUAUGCAAAGAUGUGGCGUUCUAUAGUUUUAGGAGAUAAGCAAGGCAUUAUAGAAAGCUCUAAAGCAUUAGGUGUUGGAGAAUACUAUGAAUUAUUUGCGCAACUGUUAACAACGAGACCUUGGAGAGACAUCGUUUCUUCGGAAGUGGAUCUCGACCGUUUAAAGAUGCCAAGUACAGAAGAAUAUCGUUUGAGAAUUCAGAAAUAUGCGGUUUCUGCAGUUACAGAUAUCUCCAACUUACUUGGCCAUCUUCCAAGACCGUUACUUUUGUUACUAAAGACUAAUGAUUGCCUCCGGAGUGUAGAUAGAGCCCUUGGAGCACCUCUGAAUACUUUCAUUAUUACAGCAAGAUACUGUGCAAAGGCAAUCGAACAAGCCGAACUUCGGGCGGCAGCAAUGGGUCAUGUCUCUGAAAGGCUAUUGGGACAUUUCCGAGCCCGAAGAGAUCGUUUGACUGUUGAAUUUCGUAUCUUUUUAUUUCGGUUCUACAUUUGGCUGAAUAUUUUACUUCAUGCCCUGAAGGAGUUUCUUCCUAAGGGGUUUUUUAUCCAACGGCAACAAGUUUAUUCUUGAAAAGAUCUUGCUUUCAGAAGCUACAAGGCGCUUCUGAACAUUUUGUUGGUACUUUUAUUUAGAAAGAUAAUGAUAUUGUUUAUAGUUUAGAUAGGAAUAGGGUUAUUCAUGCUGGAGUGUCAACUGAUAUUUAGGUAAUACAAUUUCAGAAGCAUAUUCUUUUUGAACUGUAUUAGUGCCUUGGAAUCCGUCGUUGGACUGUCUAAGUGAAAGCUAAAAUAUAAAGUAUGAAGCCAUAAACUGUGUUUACCUAUU